GUGGAAAGUUGGAUGGCGAAAACAUCAGUGAAGUGAGGCAUCUAAGGGAUAUUACCCAUCAUUCUCUGGCACAAUGGCUGCAGAAGGGUUUGGUGAAUCCAGUUUUGACCAAACAAGUGGUGAUGAUGAGGACAGUGAUAACAGCAGGACUCCGAUCAGCUAUAAGGACAGGAGGAGGGAGGCACAUACACAGGCAGAGCAGAAACGACGUGACGCCAUCAAGAAAGGCUAUGAUGAACUACAGAACAUUGUGCCAACGUGUCAGCAGGCAGAGACACUGGGCUCUCAGAAGAUGAGCAAAGCAACAGUGCUGCAGAGAUCCAUUGACUACAUCCAGUUUUUGGUUCAGCAGAAGAAAAAGCAGGAGGAGGAGUUGGACUCCCUGAGGAAAGAAGUAAUGGCACUGAAAAUCAUGAAAGCAAACUAUGAGCACAUAGUAAAAGCUCACCAGAACACUCCAGUGCAUGGACAGAACCUGGUAUCUGAUGAGACAAAGUUCCAAGUGUUUCAACAGAUAAUGGACACCUUAUUCCAGUCGUUCAAUGCGUCCAUCUCAGUGGCUAACUUUGCUGAGCUGUCAGCCUGUGUGUUCAGCUGGCUGGAGGAAUACUGCAAGCCCCAGUCUCUGCGUGAAGUAGUGCUUGGUAUUCUGAGACAACUUAACACUCAGCUAAAUCCGUGAAGGGGUGGAUGAAGUAACAACUGCCAUGAUCACUUAGAUCAAGGGCACAAGUGUUUACCACUCGGAUCAGUGGGUGCAACUCUUCACCACACUAGCCCUAGCUGCUGUUCAACAGAUUUCACUGGUCUCACAGCCAUGUGCCUUCACCAUUGUUUACAGCUGACAAUUUAAUAAGACAUUUUUAACAUGCUGGAUUUAUUAUCUUUGAUAUGAUGUUUUUCUGAUGGGCUGGUUCAGGAUUGUUAUUAUUUGCAGCACGUGUAAUAUGAGGUAAAGAAAGAUUGAAAUGUUUCUUUGUAUAAAUUCAGCGAGUGUUUAAAAAUGUGUUUUUAUGUUAAUCAUGUCUAAUAUCAUCAUACGCACAUAUUGAAUCAAUUUGUAAAUAAAGAAUCUCUCUCCAUGCUCAGUGAUGUGAUGCAGGAAUGUUUAACUGCGACAUUGAUAUCAUAUAACAUGUACAUGUAGCUAUAUUCUGAUCAGGGUUGCACCCAGGAAUUUGAGACAAUCUGUUUCUUUAAAACAAUAAGCUGCUAGGUCCAAGGAAUAUUUAGUGCUCACAUUUCUCAUGUGAUUUUUAAAAAAAAAAAAAAUACAUUUGAUUUUGUAUCUCUGUCCUUUCCAUGAAAGCUAUGUCCACAGAUCUAACAGUGUUCAGUGAAGUGAACUUCCCAGGUUUUGAUGGUCUUCAAUAUUGAAAGAUAAUGACAAAGGCAAAGGUAAUACAUGUGCACAUAAACCGCAGGACAGUGGUUAAGACUUUAUUGCAAAUUACCUGUAUACAUCAUGCACAUGUGUGUUCACAUUUUAAUGUUACAUAUCACUCUACUGACUUAAACAAUAUACGUCUGUAUGUAUUUAGCUUAAUAAAGAUUUGAAUCAAGAUUGAAGUUCAGUCUUUGUUCUCUGGAUUUUAAGUUAGUGCUAUCAAUCACACACAUGCAUUAGUUUACCUACUAAUAAUUUACCCGUAUGAGGAAAAGAAUUUGACCCAAAUAUACAAAUAUAUAUUUCAUUUGAAUAUUUUAUACCAUACAUACAGGUGCAUAACUUUUACCCAGACAACUUAAAGGAUGUUGCUUACAUCCAUACUUCACAAUAUAAGAAAUACACCUGCACACAAGAAACCAAAACUAUCCUAAAUCAGUAACAGAUGGUAUAUUAAUAAUGGUAUUUAUUACUUGUAUAAUUGUGAAAUGUCAAGAUUUCUUUCGCUGAUAAAAGUAAUAUUUCACUCGGUCGAUAUUUCACACCCAGUAUGCCAUGACAAUCAAAAGCUAUACAUUUUGUUUCAUGACAAUCCAUCCCACUGAGCUCGGGCUAAUGCUAUGGUACAAGUGUAGUCCACAUUAUCAUUUGUAUGUCACAAAUCGACACACAGCGUCUAAUAUGAUGUCAGUGAAUACAUGUCAGUGAAGGUCUAUAUAAAACAUUCAAUACAAAAAAUGUUUCAGACACAGUCAUUUUAUCAAAAUAUAAAUAUAAAAUAUUUCCACUCUCACACAAGAGAAAUUUACUUCUGUGCGAUAUUCCCUAUGUCCAUUCCGACAAUUAUUGUAGACUGGCUGACAAACAUCUGUCUACUCAUAAUAUUGCGGAUGACUCGUGCACAUACAUUAACCAAUGGUUUCACCCCAAAAAUGGGUCAGUGUAAAUGGAAGCAUGGUACAGUGCAGUUUCUUUGUUUGAUCUACAGGCUAGAGAACUGUUAACCAGCACUCCA